AUGGCAUUGGUUGGCAUUGAUUUUCGUGCACCUCUUCGAACAGUUAAGCGAGUACAAUUUGGAAUUCUCAGUCCCGAUGAAAUAAGGCGAAUGUCAAUUGGCGAAAUCGAAUUUCCAGAAAUUUAUGAAAAUGGUAAACCAAAACUAGGUGGAUUGAUGGAUCCAAGACAAGGUGUUCUUGAUCGAAAAGGCCGAUGUAUGACAUGUGCUGGUAAUCUGGCUGAUUGCCCCGGCCAUUUUGCUCAUUUAGAACUCGCCAAAGCUGUAUUUCAUAUUGGUUUUUUAGCAAAAACUUUAAAGAUUCUUCGUUGUGUUUGCUUUUACUGCAGUAAUUUAUUGGUUGAUAAAGAUAGUCCUCGGAUAAAAGAACUUAUAAAGAAAACAGCUGGAAAUGGUCGAAGACGCUUAGCGCUUAUAUAUGAUAUUUGCAAAUCAAAAACAGUUUGUGAAGGGGGCGAUGAAGUGAAUGGAGAGUUUAAUGUCAUUUUGUUUACUCAGGAUGGUGAAGAUGGAGAAAAAGAGACAAAAUCAGGAGGAUGUGGAAGGUAUCAACCAGUUUAUAAACGUGUUGGUGUUGAGAUUAUUGCAGAAUGGAAGAAACAUAUUAAUGAGGAUUCACAGGAAAGAAAAAUUGUUUUAUCUGCUGAACGAGCAUUGGAGAUCUUCAAAGCCAUACCAGAUUCAGAUUGUAUGGUGCUCGGUUUGGAUCCGCGUUAUGCUAGGCCAGAUUGGAUGAUAGCGCAAGUUAUCCCUGUUCCUCCCUUGGCAGUUCGACCAACUGUGGUGGCUUUUGGUUCUACACGCAAUCAGGAUGACUUGACUCAUAAAUUAAACGAAAGCAACGGAGCUGCUGCCCACGUAAUUGCUGAAGAUGUGAAGUUAUUGCAGUUUCAUGUUGCUACCCUUAUAGACAACGCCAUUCCUGGGAUGCCGACGGCAACACAAAAAGGUGGAAGGCCUUUAAAAUCUAUAAAACAGAGACUGAAGGGCAAAGAAGGACGAAUAAGAGGUAAUUUGAUGGGGAAACGAGUUGAUUUUUCAGCAAGAACUGUAAUCACUCCAGAUCCUAAUUUGCCCAUCGACACUGUUGGGGUACCGCGUACAAUUGCUCAGAAUAUGACAUUUCCAGAAAUUGUCACUCCUUUCAACAUUGAUAAAUUACAAGAUUUAGUAAACCGAGGUGAUAGUCAAUAUCCUGGAGCCAAAUAUAUCAUCAGAGAAAACGGUUCACGCGUUGAUCUAAGAUUUCAUCCGAGAGCUGCAGAUCUACAUUUGCAACCUGGAUACAGAGUAGAGCGACAUAUGAGAGACGGUGAUAUAAUUGUGUUCAACCGUCAACCAACUCUUCACAAAAUGUCCAUGAUGGGGCACAGAGUCAAGAUUUUGCCAUGGUCGACAUUUCGAAUGAACCUUUCCGUAACCACGCCUUACAACGCUGAUUUUGAUGGUGAUGAAAUGAACCUUCAUCUGCCACAGAGUCUCGAAACUAAAGCCGAAGUUGCGGAGAUUGCCAUGGUACCAAGGCAGCUUAUCACUCCUCAAGCGAACAAGCCAGUAAUGGGAAUUGUACAGGAUACAUUAACAGCUGUUCGUAUGAUGACGAAGCGUGAUGUUUUUAUUGAACUUCCUAGAAUGAUGGAUCUCCUUAUGCAAAUGCCUAAUUGGGAUGGUAAAAUUCCUCAGCCUGCUAUACUUAAGCCCAAACCUCUUUGGACAGGAAAACAAGUUUUUACGCUUAUUAUACCAGGCAACGUGAAUGUCUUAAGGACUCAUUCUACACAUCCUGAUGAUGAAGACAAUGGACCAUAUAAAUGGAUUUCUCCUGGAGAUACGAAGGUUAUUAUUGAACAUGGUGAACUUCUUUCUGGUAUUAUUUGCUCGCGUACUGUUGGCCGAUCGGCUGGAAAUUUGUUGCAUGUGGUUACUUUGGAACUAGGUUUUGAAGUAGCUGCACAUUUCUAUUCCCAUAUCCAAACUGUUGUUAAUGCGUGGUUAUUAGGAGAAGGGCACACAAUCGGUAUAGGUGACACAAUUGCUGACCAGGCAACUUAUCGCGAUAUUCAAGAAACUAUUAGAAAAGCAAAACUUGAUGUAGUGGAGGUAAUUGAAAAAGCUCAUAAUGAUGAGUUGGAACCGACUCCUGGAAAUACACUACGUCAGACAUUCGAAAAUAUGGUUAAUCGCAUUUUAAAUGAUGCUCGUGAUAGAACUGGUGGUAGUGCUCAGCGUUCCUUGGCAGAACAUAAUAAUUUCAAAUCGAUGGUGGUUGCCGGUUCGAAGGGUUCUAAAAUUAAUAUAUCCCAAGUUAUCGCAUGCGUUGGCCAACAAAACGUUGAGGGAAAACGUAUACCAUUCGGCUUUCGACACCGAACUUUACCUCAUUUUAUCAAAGAUGAUUAUGGACCUGAGUCCAAGGGUUUUGUCGAAAAUUCUUAUCUGGCUGGUCUCACCCCAUCUGAAUUUUUUUUUCACGCGAUGGGGGGUCGUGAAGGUCUCAUUGAUACUGCUGUGAAGACUGCCGAAACAGGAUAUAUUCAGCGCCGCUUGAUAAAGGCAAUGGAAAGUGUAAUGGUUAAUUAUGACGGUACAGUUAGAAAUUCAUUAGGUCAACUCGUGCAGUUAAGAUAUGGUGAGGAUGGUCUGGACGGAAUGUGGGUUGAGAAUCAAACAAUGUUGAGUAUGAAGCCCACAAAUGCACUUUUUGAAAAGGAAUUUAGACUUGAUCUCUCUGAUGAAAAAACUCUGAAGAGGUUGUAUACGGAUAAUGUUAUUCGACAGCUGCAGGGUUCAGCUGAAGCACUAAAAGAAGUGGAGAUGGAAUGGAUUCAACUAGAAGAAGAUCGUCGUUUAUUGCGGAAAAUUUUUCCAAAGGGUGAAUCGAAAGUGGUCUUGCCAUGUAAUCUUCAGCGAAUGAUAUGGAAUGCGCAAAAGAUUUUCCGUGUUGAAGUAAGAAAACCGACAGACUUGAGCCCUUUACGCGUUAUAGACGGUGUUCGCGAAUUAAGCAAAAAGCUUGUUAUAGUUAGUGGCGAAGAUCGUAUUAGCAAACAGGCUCAAUAUAAUGCUACUCUUUUAAUGAAUAUACUUUUGCGGUCCACUUUAUGUUCCAAACAGAUGGCGGAAAAGUACAAACUCAAUUCUGAAGCAUUUGAUUGGUUAAUUGGUGAAAUUGAAUCUCGAUUUAAACAAGCCAUAGUUCAACCUGGUGAAAUGGUGGGAGCUAUUGCUGCGCAGAGUUUGGGUGAGCCAGCAACUCAAAUGACGUUGAAUACUUUUCACUAUGCUGGAGUAUCUGCUAAAAACGUCACUCUUGGAGUACCCCGUUUAAAGGAAAUUAUUAAUGUUUCAAAGAAACCCAAGACACCAUCACUCACCGUCUUUCUUCAAGGCGUAGCAGCCAAAGAUGCUGAAAAGGCGAAAGAUGUUUUAUGUAAAUUGGAACAUACAACACUUCGCAAGGUUACCGCAAAUACUGCCAUAUACUAUGAUCCCGAUCCAUUAAAUACAGUAAUAGAAGAAGAUCAAGAAUGGGUGAAUAUAUUUUACGAGAUGCCCGAUUUUGAUCCAUCUAGAGCUAGCCCAUGGUUGCUUCGUCUUGAACUUGAUCGAAGAAGAAUGACAGACAAGAAAUUGACUAUGGAAGCUAUUGCUGAUAAAAUACAUCAAGGUUUUGGUGAUGAUCUUCAUGUAAUAUAUACAGAUGAUAAUGCAGAAAAGCUGGUAUUCCGUUUGAGAAUCGCAAAUCAAUCGGAUCAAAAAUCCGAUGAUGAACAGGUUGAAAAAAUGGAAGAUGAUAUUUUCCUCCGAUGCAUUGAAUCUAAUAUGUUGAGCGAUAUGACGUUACAGGGGAUAGAGGCAAUUACAAAAGUGUAUAUGCACAAACCGACUACGGAUGAUAAGAAACGUGUAGUCAUCACACCAGAUGGUGGUUUUAAAGCCAUACCAGAAUGGCUUCUUGAGACCGAUGGAACAGCACUCGCUAAAGUGUUGAGUGAGCCUAGCGUAGAUCCGGUGCGUACAACUUCAAACGAUAUUUGUGAAAUUUUCGAAGUUCUUGGCAUAGAAGCUGUAAGAAAAGCUAUUGAGCGUGAAAUGAAUCAUGUUAUUUCAUUCGAUGGAUCGUAUGUAAAUUAUCGGCAUCUUGCAUUGUUAUGUGAUGUCAUGACAGCAAAAGGCCAUUUGAUGGCAAUUACCCGACACGGAAUUAACAGACAAGAGGUGGGUGCUUUGAUGAGAUGUUCAUUUGAAGAAACGGUAGAUAUUUUGAUGGAAGCUGCGGUGCAUGCUGAACAAGAUCCUGUUAAAGGGGUUUCGGAAAAUAUAAUGUUAGGUCAGUUGGCCCGAGCAGGAACUGGUUGUUUCGAUUUAGUACUUGAUUCUGAAAAAUGUAAAUUGGCGAUGGAAAUACAGGGUGGUGCUGGAUUAAUGGCUGGUGCUGGGUUGUUUUACAGUGGAGGUGUAUCACCAACUGGUACUUCUUUGAGUCCAUCGCAAACUCCAUGGAAUGCAGGCACCACUCCCGGUUACAGUGCUGCUUGGAGCCCUGCUACUGCAGCUGGAAUGACUCCAAGUGCGGCUGGUUUCUCACCGUCAGGCCAUAGUGAAGGAGGUUUCUCACCAUUUGGAAGUGGUGGAUGGAGUCCUAGUUCACCAGGAGGUUCUCUAGGCGGUAUGUCGCCUAGCGGAGGCUAUUCGCCCGUUAGUGAUUUUGGUUCUGGCUUAGAAGGAUUGAAUAGUCCAAGUUAUUCACCAACAAGUCCAGCUUCUCCCUAUGGUGCUACGUCACCUGCGUAUGGGGUGAUGAGUCCUCGUUAUUCGCCGACUAGCCCGAGUUAUUCACCGACAUCGCCGAGUUAUUCUCCAACUUCUCCAAGUUAUAGUCCAACUUCACCAAGUUAUUCUCCUACAUCACCAAGUUAUAGUCCAACAUCGCCAAGUUAUUCUCCAACCAGUCCAACAUAUUCUCCAACAUCACCAAGUUAUUCUCCAACUUCGCCUGGUUAUUCUCCUUCAUCACCUCGUUAUUCACCAACUUCUCCCGCAUAUAGUCCCACCAGCCCUACUUAUAGUCCAACGUCUCCAACGUAUUCACCUACUAGUCCAACUUACAGUCCAACGAGUCCUUCUUACAGUCCUGCAUCUCCUGGCUAUUCUCCGACAUCUCCAAGAUAUUCUCCAACAAGUCCUACGUAUAGUCCAACAAGCCCGGCCUAUAGCCCUUCGUCGCCACAAUAUAGCCCUAGUAGUCCACAGUAUUCACCAUCAUCUCCACAGUACACUCCAAGUUCGCCUAUUGGCGGUGAUGCAUCUCCAGCUUAUUCACCCACUUCACCGCAGUAUUCACCAUCAUCGCCGCGUUACAGUCCUUCAAGCCCUCAAUAUUCUCCUACUUCUCCGCAGUAUAGCCCUAGUUCUCCUGGUGGUGCUGGAACUUCGGCAAGAUCACAGAUGGGUUAA